GAUAGUGAUAGCUUUCCUAUAUUUUAAAGUGGCUCAACUUCUCAGACUCGAGCGUAAAUAAUCAUCACGCACUAGAUUAUAUGGCAAGAAACUCGGAUAUAGGUCGGCUAGAUGCCGAUAUAGAACUUCAAAAUCAGACAUCAAGACGAAACUCGUUCCAGUUGGAAGAAUUAAACAAUUUUGCUAUCGACAAUGAUGAUGCAGAUCUUGUCUAUCAUCCAACUUCUUAUAAGGGAUUAAAUGUGGUCAGUGGUGACCUAUCAGGGAUGUCAUUUUACCAAAGACUUCACCACUUUCUGAGUCUCCCUAAAACCAGGAGAAAAAUAACAAUCCUUGGUAUAGUACUCUUCAUCGUGUGGAUCGUGCUCUUGAUAUCUUUUGCCCACACUGGAGCUUUUCAAAAUGGUAACAAAACGGUUUACCCUGGUCAGAACUCGACUUCACCAGUGUCUACCGACGAAUCUGCACUAAAAGACCCGCAAGAACGCAUACCGAUGACACUACAAGAUAGCAGGAAUGGUGCCUUUUCAGUAUUUUCCUAUGAUCUUGAGUUUGUCAGCAUCCCAGUCAUGAGUUAUGACGAAGAUCAAGGAUACUAUUUGCAUCGCUCAGGCUCGUAUCACUUCCUCAAAAAAGCAUCCGAUAGCCAAUUCAGUAAGAAGCUGUAUGAUCGACCAGAGUUUGAAUACAAUGGCCAAUCGCACAGAUUUUCCCUUUUAUCUUUAAAUAUGGAACUCAACAAGGCCCUGUUGGUGUCCGAAGUUGAGGCACAGUGGAGGUAUUCGAGCUAUGGUGUUUAUUGGGUUCUGGACAUUGAUUCAGGAGCUGUCAGUCCAGUGUUUGAGAAGGACAGCAAGCUUCCAAAAAUCAGUUUUGCAGAGUUCUCUCCUAAAGGUAGGUAUGUGACGUUUGUUUUUGAAAACAACGUCUACUUAUUGGAUCUCCAAACCAAUGAACAAAUUCAGAUCACACAUGACGGCAGUUCCUCAAUUUCGAACGGUAAGCCCGAUUGGGUAUACGAGGAAGAGGUUCUCUCCAGUGACCGCGCAAUUUACUGGUGCCAAGAUGAAAGCCAUUUCUCGUUUAUCAGGUUUGAUGAUACGGAUGUUCCCGCUUAUGACCUUGAAAUUUUCAGCGACAACCCGUAUCCUGUCACUGAGAAGUUGAAAUAUCCGAAACCAGGAUACAAUAAUCCCAUUGUUUCUGUGCACGUUUACUCGGUGGAAGGCAAAACUACGCAUGAAGUUACACAUGACAAUUCUCGUCUCGGCUCGGAUUAUGUGGUGUACCAGAUGGCUUGGACGUCUGGAAAAAAACUCAUAAUCAAAGAAACUGACAGGACCAGCAGGCUUGUUGACAUCAGAGUUUAUGAUAGCGAGACCACAAAAUCCACAGUUGUGCGUUCAUUCGACACAAAGGAGUAUGAUGGAUGGUAUACCAACAACGGAGAUAUUUUUGUUGUGCCAGGAGGGGGCUACAUUGAUACUGUGGUUUAUGACUAUCACGACCAUCUAGCUUACUUUGAGUCUGCCACAGAUUCUGAGCCUAAAAUGAUAACAAAGGGCGACUGGGAUGUUGUUGAUGGUGUAGCCGGUUACAACCCUACAGCCAAAUUACUGUACUUCAUCGGGACGGCAGGAAACGCUCUUGAAAGGCACAUAUUUACUGUUAAGCUUGAUGGCCAAGACCUCAGAAAUCUCACCAAUACUGAAAAUGUCAGCACUUAUCGAUUGUCCGUCUCCAGUGGAGGCAAAUAUGGUUUUGUGCAGUAUAAAGGACCAGCUAGUCCAACAGAUAAAAUCAUUGAAAUGGACAAGUUCUCAGAGGACAGAGAUGAGUAUGUGCAAGCAAAGAAUUUAAACACAGCAAACAUGGUCGAAGAAGCUCUCAAUCGCUAUCAAGUACCCUCCAAGGAGUACAAGACUGUGACUCUCGAAGAUGGUACCAAGAUUGAUGUUAUAGAAGUGAAACCAUUCGAUUUCAACCCAGAAAAUAAAUACCCGCUGUUUGUGAGUGUUUAUGGAGGCCCUGGAGCGCAAAAGUUAUCAUCUGUGUUCAAUUAUGGAUUUGAAGAAGUGCUUGUUUCAAAUUUGGAGAUCAUUGUCUGGUAUAUCGAUCCUAGGGGAACUGGAGGCAGAGGAUGGAAAUACAAAUCAUUCGCAAAAGACAAAAUAGGUUAUUGGGAACCGCGAGACAUUGUUGAGGCCACCCAACGGCUCAUUGAAAUGACCGAUUACAUCGAUAUGGAUUUGACAGCCAUCUGGGGAUGGUCAUACGGUGGCUUCACCACUUUGAAGACGCUGGAAUAUGACUCUGGCACCACUUUCAAAUACGGUAUGGCAGUUGCUCCUGUGACCAAUUGGUUGCUCUACGAUUCGAUUUACACAGAGAGGUACAUGGACAAACCCGAAAACAAUGAAAACUACCAAAGCGUGUCGAAAAUUAGCGAUGUCGACAAAUUCAAGCAGGUCACUAGAUUCCUCAUCAUGCACGGCACGGCCGACGAUAACGUGCAUUUCCAAAACACGCUGCAACUUCUGGAUGCGUUUGACAGAGAAGGAGUCGAAAAUUACGAUAUGCAUGUCUUCCCAGAUUCUAACCAUAAUAUCAAUCAUAAUAAUGCCAAUAUGGUUGUUUAUGAUAAGCUCUUCAAAUGGUUGGAAGCCGCUUUUGACAAGAAAUGGGUGAACAUUUGAACGUCUAUACUCAUGACUACAUAAAUCGCAUAAAUCGCAAUAAUCCGAACUCGUAUCACUGAGGUUUUGAGUAAUUUAGAGAGCCGCAUUUCUUGCAAACUCUGAGGUCCUUGUCUUUAUCGAACGCAAGGAUUGCCUCUUUAACUUGUGUUCCAAGGUCAACACAGUGGAACUGAGCCUCAUGGCAAAUAGCCUUGCAGUUUGAGCAGUACCACCUCAUUUUGUCAACCAUAUCUUUGGGCCUAUCCUGUUCCAGGACCAGCCCAAUGGUGUUUGCAAAUCUGACAGGGUUGUGAGGAGUGUUUGGAGGCAACAAAAAUGAUUCUCCUUCCUUAAUGGGGAUAUCCUUGAAUUCGCCAUCAUCCACUACCUUCAGUAGCAUGUCUCCCUUGUACAUGUAAAACCACUCCGGAGUUUGAUUAAUAUGGUAAUCGGUUCUCUCGUUUGGUCCACCCACGAUCAUCACCGUGAACCCACCUCUGUGUAGGCAGUAGUUAUUCACAGGUGGUUGAAGCAGGUGCUCAUUCUCUGCAAUCCAUUUGGUGAUAUUGAUAGGUUGCGGCAACAUUGUAUAAAGUGAGUUACUUCCGUGAUGUUGAAAAAUGAUCCAACCUUCACAGCCUUGAAGUUUUCCGGUCGAUCGACCCAAUUCGAC